AUGUGGAGAGGAGAGAUGGGAAAGGGCAAGGGUGGAGGAGUUAUGAGCAAGGAUGGCGGCGACGGUGCUGCGAGGAACCAGAGGGUAGUGGGAGAAAAAGAGUGGGCGGCAGUCGUCGCCGGGGCGGACAAUGCGCUUCGGGGCGAGAUUGACAGCCCCGACUGGCUGUACCUGGCCAUGAUGGAGGAGUUGGCAGCAAGACUAGUGGCUUUUUGGGGGCCAUCGCCGGGCGUCCUCGACACUGAAGCAGCCUGGUGGGGGACGCUGGACUCUGGAGGCUCCUUCCCGUGGCCAGUGCGCGGCAACGCACCUCACUUCACUUCACACCUCAAACUCGGGCUCACUUGA